UCGAGUACAUACCUGUUCCACAUACACCUUCUGUUGGAGUCAGAGUCGGUCAGGACUAGGAACCAAUCUAUUAGAAAUAACUAUAGAACAUUUCUGUGCAGAUGCUGGUGGAGGAACAUGUCCUUCAAUAAGGUGUGACAUCAGUAUGACGUUAUCAUUCUCUCUACCGUGAGAAUGUACGAGGUGAUGCAGGGAGACACUACCACCCUUUCCUGGAGGCUACCCAGCCCCGGCCACAAUGAUGGCCCACAACAGAGCCCCUUCAGCGGGGAGGGAGGACCCACCAAGAUCCUCAAAGUCUGUUUUUCCACCAAUAACACCCUGGGGAAGAACUUCAAACUGGUCAAGUGUGACAGCUCCUGGAAGAUCAGGGCUAUAGUACAGUCUAUCCUGACCAGUGGUAGACUGGGCCCUAACAUCCAGUAUAAAGGCUGCUAUGGUCUGCUACUGAAGCACCUCAAGUCAGGGGAGCUCCACUGGCUCCAUCCAGACCUGACCGUGGGGGAGGUGGAGCAACGCUAUGAGAGUCACCACGUGGAGGCAGAGUGGAGGUAUGACCUGAGACUCCGCUACAUUCCAGUCAACUUCCUGGAAAAUAUUUAAUCAGAAGACAGUACUACACUAUGGGUGUAUUUCUAUCAACAGGUGCGUAGUGACUACAUGCAGUACCAUGAACGUGUUCUCUCUGAUGGGAUGGCCCUGCAGCUGGGCUGUCUGGAGAUCAGGAGGUUUUAUAAAGACAUGAACGCUAAAGGUUUGGAGAAGAAGUCCAACUUUGAGUUAUUAGAGAAGGACGUGGGGCUGAACCUGUUCUUCCCACAGGAGCUCAUUGACAGCAUGAAGUCUCGUCCUCUCCGGAAGCUGAUCACCCAGACCUUCCAGCAGUACGCUACUCUGAAGGAGGAGGAGUGUAUGGUUCGCUUCUUCAAAACACUCACUGAAUUCAUCAACGUUGAUGAGGAGGUCUUCCCCUGCGAACUGGUGCAAGGUUGGAGUCUGUCAGUGGAGCUGGUGAUUGGAGCCAGGGGUAUUCGCCAACGCACCCAUAAAGACUCAGCGCCUGUGUGUCUAGCGGAUUUCAAACAGAUCAAGAGCAUCAAGUGUUCAUCUCAGAGUGACGGCAAAGCCCUCCUCAACCUGGACAUAGACGGAGCCAGACAGCCUCUGUCUAUCAAUGUGACUAAGUUUGCGAUGGCAGAAAACAUGGUGGACCUUAUUGACGGUUACUGCCGCUCUGAGCACGCCACUGACGAGUCGUUCAUCGCUAGACCAAACAAAGAUGCCAAUUUACGAAGUUCCCUGCCAGACCUUCCCACGAAUCAAACGGAGAACACGGACUCCUUCAGAUAUAGCAUGGGAUCUGACAUCUACGCUGAGAUUGACGAACGACCAAAGUUGUCUAAUUCCAUGGCAGCUACUCAUGGUGUUGUUGUAUACUUGGUUCCAGUGGUGAAGUAUGGAAUCGACAGACAUGACAUUGUUCUGGGACGGAUCCUUGGCGAGGGGUUUUUCGGGGAGGUCUAUGAAGGAAUGUACAAGAAAUCGAAUGGGGAGAGGCUAAGUGUGGCGGUGAAGACCUGCAAAGACUGUUCACCUGACGUCAUGGAGAAGUUCAUGAGUGAAGCAGUGAUCAUGAAGAACCUGAAGCACCCCCACAUCGUCAGUCUGAUUGGUGUCAUAGAGGCGAACCCUGUCUGGAUCGUGAUGGAGCUCUACCAGUAUGGAGAGCUUAAGAACUACCUAACAGAGAACAAGAACAAACUCACGAACAUAACGCUAGUUCUCUUCAGCCUGCAGAUCUGCAAAGCUCUAGUCUACCUAGAGGGAAUCAACAUGGUGCACAGAGACAUAGCAGUGAGGAACGUGCUGGUGGCCACAGCAGACUGUGUUAAGCUGGGAGACUUUGGCCUGUCUAGAUACAUUGAGGAUGAAGAGUAUUACAAAGCCUCUGUGACUCGAUUACCUAUCAAAUGGAUGGCUCCAGAAUCCAUCAACUUCAGGCGAUUCACCACGGCUAGCGAUGUCUGGAUGUUCGCGGUGUGUAUUUGGGAGAUCCUGAGCCAGGGGCAGCAGCCUUUCUCCUGGUUGGAGAACCGUGACGUCAUUAACCAGCUGGAGCAGGGCAUCCGACUACCCAAACCUGACAACUGCCCUCCUGCCCUCUAUUCCCUCAUGACCCGCUGCUGGUCCUACGACCCCCGCGACAGACCCUCCUUCACUGAGCUGGUUGUCAAGAUAAGUGACGUCCAUCGGAUGGAGAAGGAGCAGGAGGUAGAAGAGAGAGACAGACAACGCUCCACCAAGUUCUUUGACGCCAAGAUCAACUUCAACGAACCUCCUCCUAAGCCCUGCAGGAUGAAACCUGGGGGUCGUUUUGGAAACGGUAUCGGCCUGCACAUUCAGCUGAAUGAGGCCCUUUGUGCCAGCUCUCCAGACCUGGCCAGUCCCUGUGACUACACCUCUCCUGUCGACUCCAUGAGCAACAGCUUGGUGGUUCCCGUGAUAUCUCCACGACGAUGCAGCAUGGGGGAGGGAGAGUUGAUGGUGGAGCCGUCCAGUAAGGAGGACGCCCAGCGGUUGUGGCAGAUGGAGAGAGAGCGUAUGCAGGAGACGAUGAGACAACAGAAACAACAGAUGAUGGAGGACAACAAGUGGCUGACCAAGGAGGAGAGACUCCUGGUGGGCAAUACACCUCUGACCUUUAAACCCCUAGACCUAGUCCACCUUAACCAGCCCCAUUUCCAACCAAAGGACCGGCCCCCUAUCCACACUAGCAACCAUCUCCUGGUCUGUCCUAACAACCAACCCUUAGAAUGCCCUGCCAACCAUCCCCUAGUCCUAACAACAGUCCCGGAUUCCGCCGGCCCUCUGAAAACCAGGCCAGACAAGCCCCCGCAUCUCACCGGCCCUAAAGCCCAGGCCGCCGCCUACAGCCCAGGGCGCCCCUACACCCAGGCCGGCCCUACGACCCAGGCCGGCCCUAUGACCCAGGCCGGCCCUACGACCCAGGCCGGCCCUACGACCCAGGCCGGCGCUACGACCCAGGCCGCCCCUACGACCCAGGCCGCCCCUACAGCCCAGGCCCGCCCCACUGCAGAGCUAGACCGUUCAGAUGAUAAGGUGUACCAGGCGGUCAUGGAGCUGGUCCAGGUGGUGGUGCAGCUGAAGAACGGCGUGAACACACUGCAGCCAGAGGAGUACAUCACCGUCAUCAAGUCUGUAGGGCUGACCUUAAGGAGUCUGAUACGCAGUGUGGAUGAUAUUCUGCCGACCCUCCACAAGUCCAUUAGGACAGAGAUCGAGGGGACCCAGAAGCUGUUGAACAACGACAUGUCAGAGUUGAUCAGUAAGAUGCGUCUGGCCCAGCAGAACGCCAUCACCUCUCUGAAGGAGGAGUGUAAGAAACAGAUGCUGACUGCAGCACACAACCUGGCCAUGGAUGGGAAGAACCUUCUGGAUGCUGUGGACCAGGCCAGGGUCAGGGCCAACCUGGCCAAGCCCAAACCGGAGACCCCAUAGUGGGGUAAAUACCCACAGGACACCCACUUCUUUUUUUUUUAAACUGGAGGACGGGUCAGAGCCAAGUAUGUUGCGACUGAAUGGAUGGACUUGGGAGUCACUUGGCAGUACAGUGGUCAAGGUUUCCUUUUACGUUGAAUUAAGUGUGUCAGAAUUAAAACUAUCAGAAAAGAUGACUUUCCCUUUUUUUUGUAAUUGGUGUUGUGAUUUCUGUAUCAUCUCGUGUCUUGAAUUGUAUUGGUUAUUUUAAAUAGAGAGACUGUUUAGGAAUCCAGGUUAAUUUACUUCUAGGUUAUUUUCAAGUUUCUAGUAAUACUGGCCAGAUCAAUAGAUUUAUUAAUUUGCAUAUGUGUUGUUUAAUAUUUGUUUCUAGACUAAGAGUUUGACCAAAUAGAUAAAAUACCCAUUACCUUUCUGUUUUUACAUCAGGUUUGCAGUAUAUUAAAUUUAACUGACAGUAUUGUAUUAUUUUUUUUAAAUAUAAGUAAAAGUAUGUUUUCUGUGCUAUGAUAGAUAAUUUAGGAAGUUACGAAAAUGCCAGUUAAUAUUUGAAUAUCCUGCACCCUUCAAUGUUUCCCCCCUAUCUUGUAUUCAUCUGUAUCAUCAUGGAUAGAGACAAUGGACCAAUCUUAAAUAAACAUGUCAGACACUGUGACAAAACAAGACCUUGGGGAUUAUACAUCUUUAGUCAAAAAGGAAUGAGUUACAUAUAAUUGAUCUUUAGAUGGUAAUUCAUACAUCUGUUGAAAUUAUUUUCAUUUUUUUUAACUGGGGGAAAAAAAUGAAAAACUGGAAAAUUAUAUCUGCAUAAACCCAUUUGAACUUGACGCUAUCUGCAAUCCAAUCACAAGCAUGAACCAAUGCAGGCGAACCAAUCAGAACACGUCUUUACCAUCUCCCUCCUAAGUAUGGUCUCGGCUAGUCUAGCCAACAAUAACGUAACGCAAGCAACAAAGCAACAACACACUGUUUGGUGAUGACAAUAAGUACUCCGAUGAUCGUAAUACAUUUUAUGAAAGGUGUUCUGACUCUAUUUUAUCUAAAUAGGCUAUUCAUCUAUCAACUAUGUAUUCAAAUAGCUACAGUCUUAGAUGUGUAUUAGAUUGAACCCAGAUUGACAUUUCAGAGCCAUAAGGUUCUAUCUACCUGUGAUUGCACCCCCCCCCCCUAAUAAAACUGUUUUUACAAA